AUGAUCAGAUCGCCAAGCACUAUCAUAGGCUUUGUCUCCUUCUCUUUUACUGUUGCUACCCUGCUACGAGUCUUUUGGGGCAAUAUUACGACUGUUACCAACGCCAAUGAUGAGAUACACGACUACCUGAGCAACCUCCGAGUUCAGCUAUAUGAAGAACGACAGUCUCUACGGAAUCUACGACGCCACAACAAAGAAUGGGGCAAGCGAGGACGUUCAAAGGGCUUGCCUCUUCCUCGCCUCGACAACUUGACCAUCAAGUCCAUGCAGGACACUCUCCGCCAUCUGACACGAAGAUUCAAAACACUUGAACGACCUUUCCUCGACCAAGAUUCUGCAUCUGGUCGCCGCAGAUAUCGCAAAAGCUUCUCACCAAAUCCAAGAGACACAUGGGAUUCGGAGAAAGGUCUUCGAAGCCAAGAAAGAGAAUGGGACAAGGAACUCGAUGACGAGGAAGAUCCAAGAACCCAGGGAGAUGUCUAUUGCAACAUCACCCUUGGCAAACGCAUUCUUUGGCUUCGUCGAAGGUCGGAUGCGCUUGCGAUCAUUGAGGCUGUCAGUCGUCUUCAGACUAGAAGAACUGCCAGACAAGUUGGCGAGAUUGCUGUUGCGUUGUACGAGUACGGAGACACGAUAGAGGACCUAGACGGGAGUAUGCAGGAGAUUGAAGCUCGGUUCAGCAAGAUUGUUGGCAUACGGAGGGUGGCUUGA